AAGCUAUUGAAAAUAAAAUGAAAAAGGUUGCUGCAGCUGAAGAGACACCCACUUCAAAAAGGAGGAGGGGAAAUUUUUCAGGUGGUGCUUAUUCAAAUAGAGUUGUUAAUGACAAUGGACAAAUUGAAGUAACCCCACCAGAGGAGAGCAAGAAGAAAGAAAAGGCAAAAUCUGCUCCAACAUAUACAAAAACAGAAGUGAAAACAGAGGGCAAGCCGUGGUACUCGAAGAAAUUAAAUGCAACUAAAACUGAACCUUAUGAGCCUUAUCAGUUUGUUGGACUCUAUAUCUGCAAGGAACGUAAUGGAGUUAGAUGCUUGGGAACGAUUGAAGACUAUAGUCCUGAAAAGAAUAAUAUGCUCAAAGUUAAGUACAAAGUUGAUGGUAUGAUAGAAUAUUUGACACAAAUUGAGGCUUUGUAUGCUAUGGCAAAAAGUGAGGACUUUUUGACAGUUCAACGAACACCAAAUACAAGAAAUGGUUCAAAGAAGCAAAUUGGUAAGAAAAAGGCUGACGUAGAAGAAGGAUCAACUCGAGCAAAGAAAAAAUGAACUACAUCUGCAUCUUGUGGUCAAAAAAUAUGAAGGAAAUUGCACAUCAAUGGAGAAUAAUUAGCUUGACAAAAGCUCUUGAACCUCAAACUAUUUCAUGAUGUUUUCAAACUAUUGUGUGUCAUCUUUAACCUAAGUUUAUGUUACUUUACUUUAUUUUGGUACUUUUCCCGCUUACAAGUUUGUUAAACUUGUCCAUGUUUUUUAAUUCCUUAAAAGUGGAUAUUAAAUUUGGAUUGCUUUAAAUA